UCGUCCCAUAACACCUACUCUUCACUCAAAGCAGUGGCUUAGCUUCCACAAACAAACCAUCAACACAAAAAGUCACAUUUUCAUGAGGUAUAUGUGUCCCUCCCAUUACACACAUAUAAAAACUAUACCAACUAUUUAUUAAAACUAAGAAUCCAAAUUGAGCUAGCUUAAUUGUUUUGCUAAGCAUCUAUUAUAGACAGCAAAGUAAUGGACAAGAAACCUGUGAAUUCUUUCCCAACUCAUUUCAUGGACAUACAUGAUGAAGUUUUAUCCGAAGGAGACGAAGAAGGGACAAUAAAAAACGAGGAAAAUGAAGAGAAGACCUUAAAUAAACCAACAACGAGAGCUCGAGAAACGAAGAGAAACCAUAGAAGUAUUAACAGACAAUUUUCACUUGAGACAGGAUUUUCUGUUCUCAACAGAGAAAGAAAAGGGAAAGAUGAUAGAAAGGUUUUGACAAGAAGUGGAACCAGCUUAGGAGGGGCAAAUAGGUUUGGUUUGGAAGGACAUAAAAGAGAUUUCAGUAUCUUCAAGACGAAAUCUACUCUUAGUAAGCAGAAUUCUUUGUUGCCGAGGAAAAUAGAGAAGGAGUUGGAGUCUCAGAAGAUCAAUGGUGCUUCUGGUGUGGAUGAUGAUUCUGUUAAUGCAAGUGUUCCUGCUGGUAGAUACUUUGCUGCUCUUAGAGGACCUGAGUUAGAUGAAGUCAAGGACUAUGAGGACAUACUUCUCCCCACAGAUGAGCAGUGGCCCUUUCUGCUUCGGUUUCCUAUCGGAUGCUUUGGUAUUUGUCUAGGACUAAGCAGCCAAGCGGUUCUAUGGCUUAACCUGGCAACAAGCCCUGCCACAAGGUUUCUCCAUAUCUCUCCGGAUAUCAGUUUUUUAAUAUGGCUGUUAUCCUUAGCAGUGCUAAUAGCAGUUUCUAUUACCUACAUUCUCAAAUGCAUAUUCUACUUUGAAGCAGUCAGAAGAGAGUAUUUCCAUCCAGUUCGAAUCAACUUCUUCUUUGCCCCUUGGGUUGUCUGCAUGUUUUUGGCCAUCUCUGUACCCUCUAGAAUAGUCCCACAACAAACCCUUCACCCUGCCAUUUGGGUCACUUUCAUAGUACCAUAUUUUCUCCUUGAACUCAAAAUAUAUGGCCAGUGGCUUUCUGGAGGCAAACGACGUCUGUCUAAGGUUGCAAAUCCCUCUAACCAUCUUUCUGUAUCUGGUAACUUUGUUGGAGCAAUUCUAGCUUCAAAAGUGGGUUGGAAAGAACCUGCUAAGUUCUUUUGGGCUGUUGGCUUUGCACAUUACCUUGUGGUGUUUGUUACAUUGUAUCAGAGAUUGCCAACAAGUGAGGCAUUGCCUAAAGAACUGCAUCCUGUGUACUCCAUGUUUAUUGCCGCUCCCUCCGCGGCUUGUAUUGCUUGGCAGAGUAUCUAUGGAGAGUUUGAUGGGAUAUCCAGAAAUUGCUACUUCAUUGCCUUGUUUCUCUACAUUUCACUUGUCGUCCGGAUCAAAUUCUUCACUGGUUUUAGGUUUUCAGUGGCGUGGUGGGCUUACACCUUUCCGAUGACAACCGUAUCAGUGGCAACCAUCAGGUAUGCAGAGGCGGUCCCUGCCUACAUAACUAAGGGUCUUGCUCUUGGCCUUGCAUUUAUGUCAUCAACUAUGGUCUCUGUUUUGUUUGUGUCCACUCUUCUGCAUGCUUUAUAUUGGCGCACUUUGUUCCCAAAUGAUCUUGCUAUUGCUAUAACGAAGAGGAAGCAAGGUGGGGAGAAGAAACCCCUGAAGAAGGCCUAUGACAUAAAACGUUGGACAAAGAAAGCUCUGACCAAGAACUCAGAGAACAAAGAUAACAGUAAGAAUAAUGGCUACAACAGCCAAUGCGAUAAUAACAGUGUUGUGGCCUAGGAUGAGUAGCAGAAUACUCCAAUAUUGCCAUUAUAAUUCUAAUGUGGGAUCAGUUGUGGAUUUAUCUUAUCUUGAGCAUAUUAUGCUCGACAGAGUUAUAUUUGAAUGGUGUUUGUGUUUAAAAAAUUUGAAAUGACUCAUAUAUAGAUUAGCUAAUUGUCUAAUUUUAGCUACUAUUUCAUUUGUUAGACUUUAGCUACCUUAUCAAUUUCUUUUAAUCAGCACUCCGC